ACGAAACUAAUAACCGCGAGGGUUAGAAAUUUUUGAAACGAGAACCGGAGCGGCCAGUGGACGACAAAGAUCUCCCACCAUGCAAAUCCAAAACUGGGAGUAACUGGUUCUUCAAAAGCAAGAGUGAAAUUCAUUACACUGAGCCAUUGAAUUCAAAUUUGAGGUGAGCUGCAUUAAAGACAAUCCACAGUCUACUUCACCCACCACCCUGCAUCACUGACCCACCACCAUAGCAAUGUUGAUGAAUUGAAUUGAUUUCGGAAUGGGGGAGAAGAAGAAGAAGGAUACGCCGGCGACGGUGUGGUUCUCCCUGAAGAAGUCGCUCCACUGCAAAUCGGAGCCGUCGGAUGUCCACAAUCCGAAGACGAAGAAGCAGCUGAGCUCAAUCCUGACGAGGAAAUCCGGCAGAUCGGGCUGCUCGAGGUCGAUUGCGAAUUUGAAGGAUGUGAUUCACGGCAGCAAGAGGCACCUCGACCGCCCCCCCAGCUGCAGCCCUAGAUCCAUCGGGAGCAGCGAGUUUCUCAACCCGAUUGCUCACGAGGUCAUUCUCAGCAACACGAGGUGCGAGCUGAAGAUCACCGGCUUCGGCGGCGGCGGUGGCGGCGCCGCCGCCGGAGAAAACGGCGGUGGGUCGACGUAUGUUGGGACGCUGAGGCCCGGGACGCCUGGCCCCGGAGGCCACCCCACGAUGCAUUACUUCAAUCCUUCGUUUAGGAACUCCGCGACGCCGCCGAGGAAGGCGGCGGAGAGGGAGGGGCUUCCGCCGCAGAAACGGCCCUCUUUUGAGAAAGACGGCGGCAACGGCGGCGGAAAUGGCGUGACGUGUCACAAAUGUGGAGAGCAUUUUUCGAAGUGGGAAGCUCUUGAGUCGCAUCACCUUUCCAACCAUGCUGUGACAGAGCUAAUAGAGGGGGAUUCAUCAAGGAAGAUAGUAGAGAUAAUCUGCAGAUCAAGCUGGCUAAAAACAGAGAGCCACUGCGUAAGAAUCGACAGGGUUUUGAAAGUCCACAAUAUGCAGAAAACCCUAGCUCGAUUCGAGGACUACCGGGAGAGCGUCAAGGCGAAGGCGAGCAAGCUCCCGAAGAAGCACCCUCGCUGCCUGGCCGACGGGAACGAGCUCCUAAGGUUCCACGGCACCACACUAACUUGCUCCCUCGGCCUGAGCGGCUCGUCGAGCCUCUGCAUCUCCGAGAAGUGCAGUGUGUGUCGCAUCAUCCGGGAGGGGUUCUCGACCAAGAGAGAGCUCAAGGGUGGGGUGGGAGUGUUCACGACCUCCACGAGUGGGAGGGCGUUCGAGUCCAUUGAGAUCCCGAAUGAGGAUCCUGGUGUUAGGAAGGCGUUGAUUGUGUGCAGGGUGAUCGCGGGGAGGGUGCACCGCCCUCUGGAGAACAUCGGGGACAUAGCCGGGCAGACGGGGUUCGACUCGCUGGCGGGGAAAGUUGGGCUCUACUCCAACAUUGAGGAGCUUUACUUGCUCAAUCACAAGGCUUUGUUGCCUUGUUUUGUGGUUAUUUGCAAGAGCUGAGCAAUCCCAAAAUAUCAUAAUUGACAUUGUUGUUUAGCAAGAUUUUGGUUUUGAGGUUUGUUGCAUUGUUUGAUGAUAUGUGUAUAGCAUUCUGCUUAUAGUUGUGAUGAGCAGCAGCUUGUGUUAUGAUUGUUGGAUUCACUUGCAUUGAAAAGCCUUUCUAACUA